AUGCAGUCACCGCAGGUGAUGAGCUCCGCCUCACAACUUUUCUUCGGAUUGAUCGACCACAUCAGGCUGAAGAGUAUGUCACAGUAUAUAAGACAAUGUAGAUACAGUGACUUCCUAAUCAUCCACAACCAACAGAACUUCUCUCUUCACCUCUGCAUCAUCAACGUCUCUUAUCCUUACUUUUCCAAGUCUGCACUUCCUCGGCGACCCUGCCUCCCAAUACUGCCCAAGGCUUCCAAGAUGGGAUGCUUCUGCUUCGGCAAGAAGUCUAGAACAGAGAACAAGACCAAACAGCCUGGGCUUCCGCCUGUCCUGGUCGUCCCACAACUUCCUGCGGCUUCAACAUCAUCAAUUGCUUCGAGAAAACCAAUGCCUUGCGAGGACCCUCUCAGUCACGUUGACCAGCCACAAGAAACUGUUCCUGUGCCUCUACUUAAGGUUAAUCCACCGAAGACCCAAUGGGGUAGCGGAGGUAGUGGUGGCCACGUCGACCCUUCGCCAAUCCGUUAUUACGGCUACAGCGGUGGAGGUGGUAGUAGUGCUGGAUAUGGCGGUAGCGGGGGUGGCGGAUGCAGUGGAGGAGAUGGGGGUGGAGGAGGCGGUGGAGGAGGCGGUGGAGGAGGCGGUGGAGGAGGCGGUGGAUGUGAUUAA